AGGAAUACGCAAGAGAACCUUGUCCGUUCAGGAUUGUUGAUGAUUGUGGAGGAGCUUUCGCAAUGGGUUGCAUAGGAGGUGGCAUAUUUCAAGCAAUAAAGGGAUUUCGAAAUGCUCCAUCUGGAUUCAAUAAGCGCAUGGGGAAACUAAAUGGAAUGUUCUCGGCAACGCCGAACAAUUUUUUUUGAUUGGAAUACCACUGUUGGUGUUAAUAUUAUACCCUUUAGCUGAAGAUGAAGUAAUAAACACAUGCAUCAUAGCAUAACACACAAGUACCCAGCUAGAACAGUGACGGCUACGUUACUUAGUGGGUCUAUUAUUACACGAGGCAACAAAAGUUGCUAAUUCUCGCGCGAUUCUCUUUUGCUGUCGCCCAUUACCUUCACACCAGCGGCUUGUGUUGCGCAACUCUGUUCGAGUUUUUUUUUUCUCUUUCACUUUACUUUAACCCAUUGUCGUUUCUUUUUCCUUAUAGGUGUUUGGGCCACUCUAUCACAUAUACAGUGGCGGACAAAAGUCUACAUACACCCCCUGUUUUCUUCGAUGUGAGAGUACAAAAAGUUUUUAGAAAAAUGUAUUUAUACAGUUUUAUUCUAAUAUUUAUUAUAAUAGCAAUUAACUAAAAAAAUCCAUUAUUUAACAUAAAACAACAAAUUUAUGGAAGAAAAACUCAAAAAUUGCUUUGACAAAAGUCUACAUACAGUUCAAAUCUCAUACUUUGUACAUUGUUAUAUUAACAGUAAGGUAACGUUAGCCUUUUUCUUUUAUUUCAAUAUGUUUAUUGUUUGAUAUUUAUUGAAUUUAGUUGUGGUUUAAACACUUCAAUAGCUAUAAUGGCUCCGUGAAAUGAAAUAUCAAUUGAUGUAAGAAAUUUGGUGAUAAAAGAAAGAAAAGAAAAAAAAUCAUUUGGUGAAAUUUCUUAAAUUUUAAACUUGAGUCGAGCAACAGUACAGACAAUUCUAAAAAACUUUAAAAAUAAUGGUUCCAACGAAAAUAAACCGCGCAGUGGACCCCCAAAAAAACAAUCUCGUAGAUACGUCAGCCUGAUUCUCAACGAAGUAGAUCAAAAUCCAAAAGUAAAUGCUGCAAAUAUAGCCGAACGCAUAGCGAGUACGUCACAAAUGAGUAUCCAACCAAGAGCAAUAAGAAAAAACUCUAAACGAUAACGGAUUCCACAGUAGAACACCACGGAAGAAACCUUUUAUUUCUGAAAAAAUCGGAAAAUUCGUUUAAAGUUCGCCAAAAAACACAAAGAAAAGGAAAUGGAUUUUUGGAAAAAAGUUUCAUUUACAGAUGAUUCUAAAUUCACUCUUUUUGGUAGUGAUGAAAGUGCUAAAAUUUGAUGGAAAACUAACGCCACGCUUGAACCGAAGAACGUAGUAUCAAUUGUGAAGCUCGGUGGCGGCAGCGUAAUGGUUUGGGCAGUUGUUGCGGCCUCUGGAGUUAGAAAUUCGGACUUUAUCGAAGGUGAAAUGGACGGUUAUAAGUAUAAGUCUCUGUUGGAACAUAAUUUGAAGCCUUUGGUGGAUAAUUUAGGGCUCGGUUCCGGUUGGAUAUUUCAACAAGAUAACGAUCCGAUGCAUGCGGCGCAAAUUGUCAAGGAUUGGUUGCUUUAUUAUACUCCAAGUCAAUUAAAUACACCACCUCAAAGUCCAAAUAUGAAUAUUAUUGAACAUGUCUGGGAGGAUUUUGGAGCGUAGAAUUAGAAAGAACCAAAUUUCUAGCUCUGCUCUACUCUAAGAGCGCAUAUUGGGACCUUGGAACAAUAUUACAUCUGCAGCGUUGACAAAUUUUGCAGAAUCAAUGCCACGGCGUCUUCAAGCAGUUACAGAUGCCAAUGGGGACCCAACUAAAUACUAAAACGUCUUAAUAACUAGCAUUUUGUAAAGUUUUUCGCACUAACUAAGAUAUUUUUGUACUGUAUGUAGACUUUUGUCAACACAAUAUUUGAGUUUUUAUUCCAUAAAUUUGUAGUUUUAUAUUAAUUAACGGAUUUUUUAAGUUUGUUGUUAUUAGAAAGAAGAUUAGAAUAAAACUGUAUCAACACAUUUUUCUAAAAAGUUUUUGUACUCUCACAUCGAAGAAAACAGGGGGUGUAUGUAGACUUUUGUCCGCCACUGUAUUAAUCAGUUCUGACAAUUAAGAAAUACAUUUUAUGGUAAAGGUUCAGGAGAGCGGCUUUUCCGAAAACGUGCACCAAUUUUCACGGGAAAUGUCUUAAAAUUCGUGUUUUUAAUUCCAAUUUACGAAUAUAUAUGGCGCGUUAUCUAUUUUUCUGUUUUUUUGCAAUAAAAACAAUAAAAAAUAUUUCGAUUUUGCACAAUAUUCACGCUAUAAAUGGCAUCACUGUUCGAAAUUCAAUUGAGAACUAGUGAUACAAGCAGUGAUCGGGUUCGAAAUUCGAGACUAUACAAGAAUUGAUAAAAAUGAGAGAUAUAUAAUAGAAAAAUAUUAUUAAUUGGAAAAAUAAAAAUAAAUUAAAAUAUCGAUAUUCUCAAUAUUCGAGUUUGAAAGAAAAUUGGUAAAAAUGAGAAAUACACAAUAGAAAAAUAAUAAUAAUUGGGAAAAUAUAAAUAAAUUAAAAUAUCGAUACUCUCAAAAUUUGAGGCUGAUCGAGAAUUGGUAAAAAUGAGAAAUACAUAAUAGGAAAAUUCUUCUUCUUUCUGCAAUAAUAAUGAAUUAUAAAUUUUCCUAUUAUGUAUUUCUCAUUUUUACCAAUUCUCGAUCAGCCUCAAAUUUUGAGAAUAUCGAUAAUUCGAAAACGAUCAUGAAUCAAUAGUGGCCAUUCGCAUUUACAACAGCUUUGCCAUAAUUUCGAACAUACCUUGCCAUUUUCGUUGAAGUGUAGUGAUUGUAAAGUUUUUCAUAUUUUUAUAAAAAUAACAAAAAAACCUAUUUAUCUUAUUGAUUAACGAAAGAACAUCAAUAAAUACGUGAAUAUAACUUAUAGAAAGUAUAAUUUCAACAUCCAAAGACGUGUAAAGUGCAAAAGUGAAUUUUUGAUUUCGGGAAAUACGAUGUUUUUUGAUAAAAACAAAGAAAAUACUGAUUUUAAAGGCACGCGCCUAACAUAUUCGUAAAUUAGAACUAAAAACGAGUAAUUUAAGACCUUUCCCGUGGAAAUUGGUGUACGUUUUCGGAAAAGCCGCUCUCCUGAACCUUUACCCAUUUUAUUUAUAAUUCAAAAUUAAAACAAAGAUUAUAUGACAGACUUUCACAUACAUACAUAUAUCACCCUUUUCACUAUCGUCUGAAUCAAUUUGUAUGGCUUUCUCCAUACAUUUCACAAUAUCUUUAAUUAAUUCGAUUUUUUCGUCAUACUCCAUUUUCUAAAAUAAUUAUAUUACAUUAGGGUCGGCUUUAGUAUACGAUCCCACGAUUUCAGGGUUAAAAGUGGUAUGGUUAGAUAAUUGUUGCCGCCGCAAACUUAUAGUUUUCGAGAUAUUUGCAUUUAAAGUUGAAAAUUUUGCAAAUUUUAUCUUGCAAUUUCUCGAUUUCUAGUAAUUAUUUAUUUCAUAUUAUGCACUUUUUAUGCACUUAUACUUCAUUACAUUGUUUCUACAUAUUUAUUUUUUAGUAUUUAUUUAGUUAUUUGCUUAAAAUAAGCAUUUUAUAUUUUACACAAAUUUCAUUACAUGCACAAUAACAAAAGUAUUCCGUGUUGACAGAUAAUAAGUGUUGCCAUAAUUACACAUUUAUCAAACGAAUAAAAGUGAAUCAAAAUGAAUAAAAAAUAAGAUUAUACCCCAAAUACAUAAAUCAUUGCCCCUUUUCUUCAUACAUCAUAAUUUUUCAUCGGGCAGGCCACCAACGCAAAAAGGAGUUUUACUCAAAAAAAAAAAUCCGUCACACCCCGAUGUUGGAUCGUCCAGUGUUAUUUUUUUUUUGAAUCGCGGCCGAAGGCCGCCAACGCAAAAAGGAGUUUUACUCAAAAAAAAUCCGACACCCCGGUGUUGGAUCGGCCAGGGUUAUAUUUUUGAAGCGCGGCCGAAGGCCGCCAACGCAAAAAGGACUUUUUCUCAAAAAAAACCUGACACACCCCGGUGUUGGAUCGGCCAGGGCUAUUUUUUUUUGAAGCGCGGCCGAAGGCCGCCAAUGCAGAAAGAAGUGGGACGCGAAUGGACUAAUGUUUACCCUGUUUUACCUUUGUUGUGUUGCAAAUAAUCAUUAUGAUCCUUUUAUUAAAUUAUUAGAUUAAACAUACUUAUACGCCUUAAAACUUUUCUUAUUACAAUGGAAAAUUUAUUUCAGAUGGUAUUUGUUUUCUGCGUUUGAGUUUUUAUAUCCAUUCUUAUUCGUUUGAUAAAUGUGUAAUUAUGGCAACACUUAAUAUCUGUAAACACGGAAUACUUUUGUUAUUGAGCAUGGAAUGAAAAUUGCGUAAAAUAUAAAAUGCUUAUUUUAAGCAAAUAACUAAAUAGUUACUAAAAAAUAAAUAUGUAGAAACAAUGUAAUGAAGUAUAAGUGCAUAAAAAGUGCAUAAUAUGAAAUAAAUAAUUACUAGAAAUCGAGAAAUUGCAAGAUAAAAUUUGCAAAAUUUUCAACUUUAAAUGCAAAUAUCUCGAAAACUAUAAGUUUGCGGCGGCAACAAUUAUAUAUUUUCUUAAUCUGGAGCAUCAGCCCUAUUCAACCAUAUCACUUUUAACCCUGAAAUCGUGGGAUCGUAUACUAAAGUUUCCCCUUAUAUUAUGUAUAUAUGUAUACAUAUUUGCAAAUUACUUGCCAAAAGAUGAAAUAAAAUUUUUUAAAUAUAUUCAAAAUAUUAAUUUCAAAAAAAUAUACUGAAAUGCAACUAUGUACUACGAAAGAAAGAACACGAAUGCCGAAAAACGUCGCAGCGAACUGUUACGAAUAAGAACACAAAGCGAGUUGCUGAACACUGGGAACUCGGCGCGAUUCUCCUCUCCUCGUCGCCCCCCUCGCCUAUAAACUAAGAGUUGCCGCAACAAAAGUUGCCGUGUGUAAUAGGCGAGUGACAUGCAGGUAACGCGUGCCAGUUUAAUUGUCACACUUUUCUAUCAUUUUCUUAAGAGUGAAUCAAAAAAGCUCCCAAAACUUUUGUGUACAUGUGAUUUUUUUAUCACAUUCUCGCUCACAUAUUUUCUGCCGUGAUAAAACUAUGUACUUAUUUCUCACACUUUCGUUAAAUUUAAGACAAAUCGACAAAACUGCUUUCAGGAAAGCGUGGCGGUGCAUUCCAUAUUAGCGUAGUGGGCAAACCACUCGCUUACCAUUUCCUCAGUCUAGAGUUCGAAACGCGAAAUAUUUUUUUUUAAAUUAAAAUGUUUAUAUUAAUUUCGGGUUGGGUUUAGUAUCGCGCCGGUUAGUUUUGGCUCACUGUACCUAAACGAGAGAACCAAAUUGAAAAUUUUAAACACGCAUCUACAUAUGCUUAAAUUAUCGAACUUUAACCCUUAAAUGCAUGGUUUUUCCUUUUUAAAUACCAAGUGUGUAUUUGUAAGUGGCGCGCCCAGCUGUCAAAUUAUUAAAAUUAAAAAGUGAAAUGUCAUAUCAUGAAAGUUUGCGUUCAAAAACCAACACAGAUAUUUUUAGCACUUAAUAAAAGUAAAAAGUACUGUGUUUGAGUUACCGUUUAGAAAUUAUGUAAGGAAGAAAACACUGAUGUAUAUAUACAUCAUCAUGCAUUUAAGGGUUAAGCACAAUUCCGAUUUAUUUGGCGCCGCGAUUUGAAGGUACCGUUGGAAAGAGGAAGUCCUCCUGAUUAAAAAACAUAGGGUUAUAGGGUCCGCAAACGCUUAGUUUAGGAGAUAUUCGUCCUUAAAGUUCAAAAAUUCGCAAAAUUGGACCAUUUCAAGGAGCUAUUUCACCACAUUAAACACACUUUUUUCACAUUUUUCACUUCAAAUUAAUUAAAUUGCACAAUAAUCUUUUAAAUAAAUCUACGGGUAAAAUUUAGAAUAGCAUCCCCGAAUUUCGAGGAUAAAAUGGGUAUCACUGGAAAGGUGACGUUCUCCAGAUCACGAAAAUAUACAUAUAUAUAUAGUUGCCGCUGACUUAUAGUUUUAAAGAUAUUUGCAUUUAAAGCUGAAAAAUUGACAACUUUUACAUUGAUAAUUUGUCGGCGCCGCGUUUCAAAAAAAAAUAACCAUGGCAGCACUUUUCUUAUUGUGCAAAUGCAGAGAAUUUAACUAAAAUAAAAUAAUUAAAAUAAAGCUUUAUUUACAACAAAUAUUUAAAAAAUUAAUAUACAGAAACGUUAUAGUGAAGUGUUAGUAUGUGAAAAGUACAUAAUAUAAGUGAAAAAGUUAUUCCCAAUGUACGAAUUAUCAAAGUAAAAGUUGUCAAUUUUUCAACUUUAAAUGCAAAUAUCUUUAAAACUAUAAGUCAGCGGCAACUACAUAUAUAUAUAUAUUUUCGUGAUCUGGAGAACGUCAACUUUCCAGCGAUACACAUUUUAUUCCCGAAAUCCGGGGAUGCUAUUCUAAAUCCCAGCCAAAUCUACAUUUUACACUUUUAGCAGGUUUUUUACCUAAAAAAUCUUUUUUUUUUUAAAUCACAUUUUACACUUGUUUGAACCUCAUUUGUUUACCAAAAAUUACGACGAAAUGGAGCGCUGCCAUGUGAUGAUACGGUAAUUCGCUGAAAUUCCUUUUUCGCAAAAAUUCCUCUAUUCAUGCAUAUGGAUAUUUUCUUUUUUCAAUUUAUUAAGCAAAUAAGUAAUAUUAUAUACAUGUAUUAGUAAUAUUAUAUAAUAAUAUUAUAUGUAUAUAUGUACAUAUCAGAGGCCUGCACGAUUAAGGUAGGCAUCGUACGAUUACGUUACUAAGUAACACUUCUGACGAUUACCACGAUGCGAAGGUAACAUUGCGCAUCGGCAUCGCGGCAUCGUGGUACCGUACGAUUACUAUCUGGUAUCGUCAAUGGCAAUUGAAACGCUAUAGUCUUACAUGAUGUUAAUUCGUUGCUGGCUCGACAACGACUGAACGAUAGAGCAGAGCCGCUCAAAAUAAUGCGCAAUUUAUUUACCAACGCAUACAAUCACACAUUUGAUAUCUGCUAGCGUAUGAUUGUGUGCGCGCGCUUGCUUAGUACACUGAGUGAAAUCGUGCUAUUUGGUUAUUUUGUUAUUAAAAAUUUAGAAAAAAAUAAAAAAUUAUGGUUUUUGAUUAAAAAAGCAAUUAAGAACAACAAUAAUUUUAAGUUAAUUUUUUUAACUUUCCAUGAUUUUUUCCAUAUCGACGUCAAGAUCGUAAGUUUUGAUUCUCAUUAAGUCCUCUAUAUGCUUAUUCGAAACUGAAUUCCUGUAUUUCGAGUGUAUUUUUGACGCUGGCAGAAUUAGCGUCAUAGCGUACAUGCUUCGACUGCAUUUGCUUGCCUAUACUCCGAGUAUAGGCAUGAAAAAUUUUGAGCGGCUCUGCGAUAGAGCGUAAGCGUACGUGUGAAGUUAGUUUCCACAAUUGUUCUAAGAAAUGCCGACCACUGGUAACAUGUUAGUAAUCGGCGAUGCCCGCGAUGCCCGCGAUGCCGAUACCCUCGAUGCCGAUGCCCACGAUGCCAAAGUACCGUUACGUAGCGUGUACUCGCCGCAUCGGCAUCGCCGCUUGCUAACAUGUUACUUUUUUAAUUACUCGUGCAGGACUCUGGUACAUACAGUGGCGGACAAAAGUCUACAUACACCCCCUGUUUUCUUCGAUGUGAGAGUACAAAAACUUUUUAGAAAAAUGUGUUGAUACAGUUUUAUUCUAAUCUUCUUUCUAAUAACAACAAACUUAAAAAAUCCAUUAAUUAAUAUAAAACUACAAAUUUAUGGAAUAAAAACUCAAAUAUUGUGUUGACAAAAGUCUACAUACAGUACAAAAAUAUCUUAGUUCAGUGCGAAAAACUGUAAAAAAUGCUAGUUAUUAAGACGUUUUAGUAUUUAGUUGGGUCCCCAUUGGUAUCUAUAACUGCUUGAAGACGCCGUGGCAUUGAUUCUGCUAAAUUUGUCAACGCUGCAAAUGUAAUGCUGUUCCAAGGUCCCAAUAUGCGCUCUUAGAGUAGAGCAGAGCUAGAAAUUUGGUUCUUUCUAAUUCUACGCUCCAAAAUCUCCCAUACAUGUUCAAUAAUAUUCAUAUUUGGACUUUGAGGUGGUGUAUUUAAUUCACUUGGAGUAUAAUAAUGCAACCAAUCCUUGACAAUUUGCGCCGCAUGCAUCGGAUCGUUAUCUUGUUGAAAUAUCCAACCGGAACCGAGCCCUAAAUUAUCCACCAAAGGCCUCAAAUUAUGUUCCAACAGAGACUAAGUAUAAGUACCGUCCAUUUCAUCUUCAAUAAAGUCCAACUUUCUAACUCCAGAGGCCGCAACAGCUCCCCAAACCAUUACGCUGCCGCCACCGAGCUUCACAAUUUUAUACUACGUUCUUCGGUUCAAGCGUGGCGUUAGUUUUCCUUCAAAUUUUAGCCCUUUCAUCACUACCAAAAAGGGUGAAUUUAGAAUCAUCUGUAAAUGAAACUUUUUUCCAAAAAUCCAUUUCCUUUUCUUUGUGUUUUUUGGCGAACUUUAAACGAAGUUUCCGGUUUUUUCAGAAAUAAAAGGUUUCUUCCGUGGUGUUCUACUGUGGAAUCCGUUAUCGUUUAGAGUUUUUUUUUAUUGUUUUUGGUUGGAUACUCAUUUGUGAUGUACUUACUACGCGUUCGGCUAUAUUUGGAGCAUUUACUUUUGGAUUUUGGUCUACUUCGUUGGGAAUCAGGCUGACGUCUCUACGAGAUUGUUUUUUUGGGCGUCCACUGCGCGGUUUAUUUUCGUUGGAACCAUUAUUUUUAAAGUUUUUUAGAAUUGUCUGUACUGUUGCUCGACUCAAGUUAAAAAUUUUAGAAAUUUCACCAUAUGAUUUUUUUUCUUUUCUUUCUUUUAUCACCAAAUUUCUUACAUCAAUUGAUAUUUCAUUUCGCGGAGCCAUUAUAGCUAUUGAAAUGUUUAAACCACAACUAAAUUCAAUAAAUAUCAAACAAUAAACAUAUUGAAAUAAAAGAAAAAGGCUAACGUUACCUUACUGUUAAUAUUGCAAUGUACAAAGUAGGAGAUUAGAACUGUAUGUAGACUUUUGUCAAAGCAAUUUUUGAGUUUUUCUUCCAUAAAUUUGUUGUUUUAUGUUAAAUAAUGAUUUUUUUUAGUUAAUUGUUAUUAUAAUAGAUAUUAGAAUAAAACUGUAUCAACACAUUUUUCUAAAAAGUUUUUGUACUCUCACAUCGAAGAAAAGAGGGGGUGUAUGUAGACUUUUGUCCGCCACUGUAUAUAUAAGUAUUAUAUAAUAAUAUUACGUAAUAAAGUGUACUGUAUACAGUACAGUACGAAAACUCAUAUUUUAAUUAGAAUAAUAUAUGUAUAUAUCGUCGCCUAAAAUACAAACCGAUGUAUCAUCAAAAAUAAAUGGAAAUCGCUGACAGAUAUAAUAACCAAAAUUUAUCAAUUUUAUAACGAAAACUUAAAUUUUAUUUCAAUAUUGGAUAUAAAGUGGUUAUAUUUUUUGGUUAUUAUGCAGUCAUCUUCUUCUUUACUGGCGUAGACACCGCUUACGCGAUUAUAGCCGAGUCAACAAUAGCGCGCCAGUCGUUUCUUCUCUUCGCUACGUGGCGCCAAUUGUACAUUCCAAGCGAAGCCAGGUCCUUCUCCACUUGGUCCUUCCAACGGAGUGGAUGUCUUCCUCUUCCUCUGCUUCCCGCGGCGGGUACUGCGUCGAAUACUUUCAGAGCCGGAGUGUUUUCAUCCAUCCGGACAACAUGACCUAGCCGUCUGAAAAACAACAAAGCGGCAGGGGCCGAUGGAUUGCCGGCCGAGCUAUUCAAAUACGGCGGCGAAGAGCUGAUAAAGUGCAUGCAUCAGCUUCUUUGCAAAAUAUGGUCGGACGAAAGCAUGCCCAACGAUUGGAAUUUAAGUGUGCUAUGCCCAAUCCAUAAAAAAGGAGACCCCACAAUCUGCGCCAACUACCGUGGGAUUAGCCUCCUCAACAUCGCAUAUAAGGUUCUGUCGAACGUAUUGUGUGAAAGAUUAAAGCCCACCGUCAACAAGCUGAUUGGACCUUAUCAGUGUGGCUUCAGACCUGGUAAAUCAACAACCGACCAGAUAUUCACCAUGCGCCAAAUCUUGGAAAAGACCCGUGAAAGGAGAAUCGACACUCACCACCUAUUCGUCGAUUUCAAAACUGCUUUCGACAGCACGAAAAGGAGCUGCCUUUAUGCCGCGAUGUCUGAAUUUGGUAUCCCCGCAAAAUUAAUACGGCUGUGUAAACUGGCGUUGAGCAACACGAAAAGCUCCGUCAGGGUCGGGAAGGACCUCUCCGAGCCGCCGUAUUUGAAUAGCUCGGCCGGCAAUCCAUCGGCCCCUGCCGCUUUGUUGUUUUUCAGUCGGGCAAUUGCUAUUCGAACUUCUUCAUGGUCGGGCAAUGGAACGCCUGCUCCAUCGUCAUCGAUUGGGGUAUCGGGCUCGCCUUCUCCUGGUGUUGUGCGUACACAGCCAUUCAGCAGGCUGGAGAAGUGUUCCCUCCAUAAUUUAAGUGUGCUCUGGGCAUCGGUGGCUAGAUCACCUUGGGGGGUUCUACAGGAGUAUGCUCCGGUCUUGAUACCUUCGGUAUCUAUCCGAUCCCGCACGUGUUGUGGUCGAUCGUAUCUUUGCGAGGUAAGCUGUCUGUUUUCUCUCCGCUGCGUCACAGCACACCUCAUCGUACCAGCUAUUCUUUUGCAUUUUCCAAAAACCCAUGGUUUCGGUUGCAGCUGUACGUAAGGAGCUUGAAAUCCCACCACGUCCCACAGUUCCCUUAUACCGAGUUGUUGACGAGUGCCCUCAGAGAGCAGGAGUGCAAGUCGAGUAGAAAAUCAUUCGAGUAUCUGUUGUGAUUGCAGCUUCUCGACGUCGAACCUUCCUUGUGUUUGUUGGCGUGCGUUUUGUGCUGCACAGAGGCGGGUGCGAAUCUUGGCUGCAACAAUAUAGUGGUCCCAGUCGAUGUUAGGACCUCGGAGCGCACGCACAUCUAAAACACUGGAGACGUGUCUUCCGUCUAUCACAACAUGAUCGAUCUGGUUGGUAGUUUUUCGAUCCGGAGACAGCCAGGUAGCUUGAUGGAUUUUCUUAUGCUGGAAUCUAGUACUACAGAUAACCAUAUUUCGGGCCCCGGCGAAGUCGAUCAGCCUCAACCCAUUUGGGGAUGUUUCCUCGUGGAGGCUGAAUUUACCGACCGUAGUGCCAAAGAUACCUUCUUUGCCCACCCUGGCGUUGAAGUCGCCAAGCACGAUUUUGACAUCGUGGCGGGGGCAUCUCUCAUAAGUGCGCUCCAAGCACUCAUAAAAGGCAUCUUUGGUCACAUCGUCCUUCUCUUCCGUCGAGGCGUGGGCGCAAAUCAGCGAUAUGUUGAAGAACCUCGCUUUGAUGCGGAUUGUGGCUAGACGUUCAUUCACCGGAGUGAAUGAUAGUACUCGGCGACGGAGUCUCUCUCCCACCACGAAUCCAACACCAAACUUGCGCUCCUUUAUAUAGGCACUGUAGUAGAUGUCACAAGGACCUACUCGUCUCUGUCCUUGUCCCGUCCAUCGCAUUUCUUGGACGGCGGUGAUGUCAGCCUUUAUUUUCACGAGGACAUCAACCAGCUGGGCAGCGGCACCUUCCCAAUUAAGGGACCGGACAUUCCAGGUGCAUGCCCUUAGUUCGUAGUCCUUAUUUCGUUUGCCAUGGUCGUCAUCAAAAGGGGGGUCUCUCAUCCGAGGCUUAUAGUUGAUUUUCAUUGGAGGUGUUUUUUUACGUGGCGGGUCCCAAACCCAGCGCACAAUUAUGCAGUCAUAUUGAAACAAAAUUUGAGUUUUGGAUAUAAAGUAGUUACAGUGUGCGACAAAACUAAAGCACGGAAUCUACCUUGUCGGUUUUUAACCGAAUAAAAUCAUAAAAUAGGCAUUACAUGAUGUUUUAUUGAUUUGUAUUAUUAGUUCAUGUAUUCUUCUUUGAAAAUUAGUAAAAAUUAAACAAAUUAACUUAUUGAAAUAUUAUAUAAAAUUAAAUAUCUGAAGAACUUCAAAAAUCUGGUGCGACAAAACUAAAGCACAUAGCCAAUAAUUCAUAUUAAUUGCACAUUAAUUGUUUGUUUAACGGUUUUUAAUGAUCAAAAAAUGUUGAAUAUGUGUAGUUAUUAGCUAAAUAGAAAUAUAUUAGUGCAUAUUCAGUUUCAGUUCGUUAUUCAAAAUGAUUGGUUGUAUAUUAAAGUAAAAGAUAUAUCAAUGGCUCGAAAUAACUAUUCUGUUCAUUUUAGUAAAAAAUUUUUUAAGGAUUUUAAGAAAAGAGAAUCGGUUUUGACUAUUGCAAAAGAGUUUGGAAUAAAUCAUUCUAUUGUUUCCCGAACAUUUAGCCGAUUUCGCAAAUAAAGCUCUUUGGUUACAGCGCAUAGAGGUAGACGGCCACGGAAAGCAACCAAACGAGAGGAUAAGGAAGUCAUUCGGGCAAUAAAAAAUUACCCUUUUAUAUCGGCAAUAUCUAUUGUAAGACAAUUACGGUUAAAUAUAUUACAGAGCUCCAUACAACGUCGAGCUGUCCAUGGGGGGUUUUCAUGCUACCUGUAGUAAGUUAGUGCAAAAAAGCCGUAGUAUUUAUUUAAAGAACAGACUGGCGCGAUUGGAAUAUGUGAGGAUGCACAUAGAUUGAACGAUAACCAAAUGGUAAACUGUACUUUUUUCUGGCGAACUGAAGUUUAAUAUCAAAGAUUGAGAUGGGCUGAAGCUGGUAGGCAGACCGAAGGGACUACGCCUACAUCAGCGCUAUAAAACAAGCGCGGUGAAACAUGGUGGAGACAAUGUACUAGUGUGGGGUUGUUUUCCAGAGAAUGGAAUUGGGCCAAUUCAUUAUAUAAACAGUACAUUGGGCAAAUGCAAGCAUAAAAAUAAUUUUCAGAAUAUUAUGCUGCCGCAUGUUGCAGAAGAAAUGGUUUUAAAAUGGAGUUAUCAACAUGACAACGACCAGAAACAUACUGCUAUUUGUGUAAAACAGUGGUUUGUUGAUAACAGACGUGAGAAUUGUAAAAAUAAGGCCGUUUUAUACAUACAAGUAAAGGUAGCAUGGAAAAGCAUUUCCUGCGACACAUAAAAUAAAUUAAUUGAGCCCAUGCCUCGCCGAUGUCCACCUGUAUUGAAAAAUAAGGGAUACGCAACCAAAUAUUGAAAGACAUACAUUUUUCAAUCAUAAAACCCUUUCGUGCUUUAGUUUUGUCGCACACUGUAUAUAUUUUGGUUAUUAUGCACUCAAUCUCAUAUUUUAAAUAUAAUAAUAUAUAUAUUGUCACCUAAAAUACAAAGCAAUGCAUCAUCAAAAAUAAAUGGAAAUCGCUGACAGAUAUAAAACCAAAAUUUACCAUUUUAUAACGAAAACUUAAAUUUUGAGUGCAUGAUAACCAUAAAUUAUAACCACUUUAUAACAAAAAGUCAAUAUAUAUUUUUUUCAACACAGAAAGGGGUACUACGCGAAAGUACUUCAGUCACCCCGGAUAUUCGCUCGGCCAGGGUUAUUUUUUUAGAGCGCGGCCGAAGGCCGCCAACGCAGAAAGGAGUACUAUGCGAAAGUACUUCAGUCACCCGGGUAUUCGCGCGGCCAGGGUUAUUUUUCUAGAGCGCGGCCGAAGGCCGCCAACGCAGAAAGGAGUACUAGGCAAAAGUACUUCAGUCACCACGGGUAUUCGCUCGACCAGGGUUAUAUUUUUAAAGCGCGGCCGAAGGCCGCCAACGCAGAAAGGAGUACUAUGCGAAAGUACUUCAGUCACCCCGGGUAUUCGCUCGGGUCAUUUUUAUCAGGGUUAUUUUUUUAGAGCGCGGCCGAAGGCUGCGAACGCAGAAAGGAGUACUAUGCGAAAGGACUUCAGUCACUCCGGGUAUUCGCUCGGCCAGGGUUAUUUUUUUAGAGCGCGGCCGAAGGCUGCGAACGCAGAAAGGAGUACUACGCGAAAGUUCUUCAGCCACCCCGGGUAUUCGUUCGUAAUAUUAUAAUAUUAUCACAGGAUUUUACUUAUCUGUGUUUAUUAAAUAUAAAUCACAUAUUAUUCAUAUAUUCAUAUAUGCAUGUAUCACUACAUAUUAUAAAACAAAGUCACUUUUUCUGUCCUUAUGUCCCCUUAAAUGUUUAAAUCUUGAAAACUAAGCAACUGAUUUUGAUGCGGUUUUUUUUAAUAGAUAGAUUGGUUAAAGGGGAAGGUUUAUGUCAUUAUAAUGUGAAGAAAUAUAUAAAGGAGGCGUGGCACUCGGACAAAAUGUGGUAAAAAACCGUACAUUUUUUGUUUACACAGCCAUACAUCAUAAAAGAAUCCACCGAUUAAAAUGAAACUUACUUGAAGUUAAUCUUUGAAAUAUUUGCUUUCGUUCUGCAUCAAAAAAAAUAGUUGAUUCAUUUCUUAUUUAACCAAAAUUGUUUAAACAAGAGCACGAUUUUUUCCAAAAAAAAAAACUGUUUGUGUGUUUGUUCGCUGUCAACCGAAUGAAACAUUAGAAGUUAUGUGGGAAUCUCACCCCACCUCAUUCGUGUUGAAUUAGACCGUAUGGAGAAGAUGUAUUGAUUCCCCGAAUCCCUAUGAUACCAUCGGAUUUACCAUUCCAAUUUAAACGUUUACAAUUUCCGGUAAAGACAUCUUUUGUAAUGACCAUUAAUAAAUCGCAGGGUCAAACUUUCAACGUUGCAGGCUUAGAUUUGAGUUGACUUGACUGUCUUUCACAUGGCCCACUGUAUGUCGCUCUUUCAAGAGUAACCUCAAGAGAAAACAUGUUUGUAUUGUCUAAUGACAAGAAAGCUGUGAACGUUGUAUAUAAAGACAUUCUGUAAUAUAUUAAUUGUUGUUGUAAAAAUAAAAUAAAUAUGUUAAAAUGCAAAAAAAUGUAGGGUAUGAAUUUAGAUAUUCCAAAGAUAGCAAGGAAAUCUUCAUGGUAUAAAGAAAGGGGGUUUUACUCCAAAUGUAACGCGUGCGGGCCACGGGCAGUAAUGAAUAAAUCAAAACUACAGGAUCGAUUUUAAUCAUUUUUUCAGUGAGUGACAUAGACCUUAUAUUUUAUUUCCGUGCGAAGCCGGGCGGGUUGCUAGUAAUAGUAUAUGCAAAAGUGUUCACAUAUUCAAUUUUAGCUUGAAAAAUCUUCUUUAUAGUUUUUUUUAUAAUUAAUAAAGAAAUAGAAUCACUCGAAAGUACAAACAAAGAAAACGCUGUGAAACCCUGAAAAAUCCUUCAUUUUCGGUUUUUAAGGUGUGGCAAUGCUGGUUUUCCUUGUAAAUAUAAGCGCUCUAAACUUUUCAGCCAUUAAUUUGACAAGUGAUUUUUAAAUUACUAAAUUUAGUUGAAAAAUUGCAAAAUAAAUGUGAGUUUAUUUCAAUGCUUACAGUGUAUAUUUGAAUAUACAUAGUAAAAAACGUGAAAAAAAUUAGUGAAACAUGAAGAAAUAACAUAUGUUCCUAGUGCAAAUUUUUGAAUUUUUAAACUUGAAUAUUUCAAAAAAUAUUAGUUAAUUUUAUGUUAUUCUUGGAUAUUCCUCCUCUGGAGAAGCUCCCCUAUCCGUACAUACCCCAUUUAUACGGAAAUUAGGUUUUUUACCCCUCCGCCAAAGUAAUCGGAAUCGUGCCGAACUUUAUUUUAAAACCUAUUUUAUAAAAAUCGGUUCACAAAUUUUUCCACAAAUUCACUUUAAAAAAUGCUAUUUUUUGCAAAUUUCUAAAUAUAUGCUAGUGUAUUUUCAUCUGUUGUGCAUUGUACGAAACCAAUUAUGGAUACAUUUUCACUCACAUAAAUUACUUAUGAAUUAUAAAAACCACUAGUAAUGUUUUUAAUUACUUUGGAUUGUUAAUUUCUUUGUAAAUCUUUACAUAAAAUACACCUUUUUCUGCAUUGAGUUCAAUAAUGAGAAAAACCAAAAUGACUGCCUAAUUUGAACUGUCAAAUUACCGAGAAAGCACGAACAAAAGGGAAUAAAUUAAACCCACUUAGCAAUAAAUGUAUGAAGUGAAUGCGAAAAGGUGUUCAAUGCUAAAAUACUGUGGAUGGCGUAGCCGGUGUUGGAUCGACCAGGGUUAUUUUUUUAGAGCGCGGCCGAAGGCCGGCAACGCAGAAAGGAGUACUACACGAAAGUACAUCGGUCACCCCGGGUAUUCGCUCGACCAGGGUUAUCGGGAUCGAGUUUACCAUCCCUACUGGCAGCCAUCGGGGCACAUAUAAAACCUCCGCACAAUAACCACCACAAAAAAAAAUGAUUUUUUUUCCAUGUAAUUUAUAUGGGAAACAGAAAAUUUGAAAUAGGCACCUUUUAAUAUUAAUAUUAAGAGCUCAUAUUUUGAGUGACUUUUUUUUACACAUUUUCGAAAGUUUUGAGCCUGUUUUUCAGUUGAAAAAGAAGGUUGCCUCUAAAUGGCACACUCUAAUGUAUAUACUAAAUUUACCAUAUAAUAUGUUAGAUGCCAGUAGAAAUUUCGAUAGGGGUUGUUUCCCUCCUCUACCGUCCCAGUUACACAAAAACAAAAAUUCGUCAGUGUAUAUAUGUCUCAGCACAUCAUGUAAAUUAUCUGAAUUUCCCUUUGUUUUUAAAAUAAAUUGUUUCUGUAAAUUGAAAAUAUUUAGCAAAAGUUUAAAUAAUAUUUAUUGAAAAAAAAUGUAUACAUUACUAACCGUUGCAGUAGCAAAUUCCUCGCAUUUCAGUUUCUCGUCCAUUUCCAAUGCUGCAGCUAUCGUUGUUAUUGGUAGCGUGGAGGCAACUUCGGUUUGCAUACUAUCUAUUUCUUCACCAGUCAGUCGGCAUACUGAAUGGUGAAUUUCUAAUUAAAACCUUACAUUCGCGCACAGUUUUUUGUUGGGCCAUUUCUUCGCUUUUAUGAAUUGUCUUUUAUGUAUGUAUGCAGUUAGAGGAUACAAUAACAAAACAAUACGUUCUCUAUAUUGAUGAAUACUUAUAGAACAAUAUAAACUUACAUUUUCUUUCAUAUAGCUGUCCAUCUUUUUCUCCAUAUUGAAUACUCUUGUCGUCAAUACUUCUAAUUGUGCAGAAAUAGUUUUUAACAUAUUAAAAACUUCUGAAAAAAGUUAUAAACAUAUUAGAGAACAAUACAUUUUAGAAAAGUAUUGGAUUACCA